AUGUACACUGGCAGGCCUAGUCUAUGCAGAUCGGCCGGUGACGAGGCCGAGACGCGAGAAGGACGCACCGGCCGCACGGGCGACCUGCUCACGACCGGAUGGCCCUUCGCGAGGUCGCCGGGCAGCUUUGGGCAGCGUCGGCGAGCGAGCAGCCCAUCUCGUGGCGUCGCGACGAGGGGUAGAGCGGGCAACGACGCGAUCAUGCAGCACUUGAUGCAGCGUGAGUAUGGUCGGCUGUGCGGGGUGCGCAAUUUGCGCCGCGCGUCGUGGGCGCGGCGGCACGACCAGCUCUUCAUCUUCAGCGGGCACACGCACACCGUUGCGACCAAGGCGAACGAGCCUGUGUGGGCGCGCUCCGUCUCGUGGCGCGGUCACGGCCCCAGCGUCAGCGCCCCUGCGUUGCCCAUCUCGCCCAACUCAACACGCUCCCCACCGGGAAUAUUGAGCUUGGGCUCCGGCUCGGGCUUGGAGCGCAACUCCAAGUCGCCCUCGACGGUGAUGGGGGACACCUUCCCGCGCCUGGAGUCGUACAGCUGCCUGCGCAGUGCACCCGAUGCCGUGAGACCAUGUAAGCACAUAUUCCGUGUCGAGCUGGAUGCGCAGACCCACAGCGCGCAUCCAGGUUAUUUGAGUCGGAGCCACUGCGAGAGUCAGCCUGAGCCCGCACGCGCGCCUGCACCCGUAGCGCAGGCCGCUGGUCGAACGCCGGUGUCCUCUUGA